AUGAUAGCGGCUCAGCUUCUGGCCUACUACUUCACCGAGUUGAAGGAUGAUCAGCUCAAAAAGAUCGAUAAGUACCUGUACUCCAUGCGUUUCUCUGAUGAGACGCUCAAGGACAUCAUGAACCGGUUCAAGAGGGAGAUGGAGAAUGGCCUCGGUCGGGACACCAACCCUACCGCCACCGUCAAGAUGCUGCCCACCUUCGUCAGGUCCAUCCCUGACGGAUCAGAAAAGGGGGACUUCAUUGCCCUGGACCUUGGUGGGUCAAACUUUAGGAUCCUGCGUGUGAAGGUGACGCAGGACAAGAAGCAGCCGGUCCAGAUGGAGAGCCAAGUCUACGAGACCCCAGAAGACAUUGUCCAUGGGAGUGGGACACAGCUCUUUGAUCAUGUCGCAGAUUGCCUGGGUGACUUCAUGGAGAAGCAAAAAAUCAAGGAUAAAAAGCUUCCUGUAGGAUUUACGUUCUCUUUCCCCUGCGCUCAAACCAAACUGGACGAGGCAGUCCUAGUGACAUGGACAAAGAAGUUUAAAGCCAGUGGUGUAGAAGGCAUGGACGUUGUGAAGCUUCUGAACAAGGCCAUAAAGAAACGAGGGGACUAUGAGGCAGACAUCAUGGCAGUGGUGAAUGACACAACUGGAACCAUGAUGACCUGUGGAUUUGAUGAUCAGCGCUGUGAAGUGGGCAUCAUCAUAGGAACGGGAACUAAUGCCUGCUACAUGGAGGAACUGCGUCAUAUCGACCUGGUGGAAGGAGACGAGGGCCGGAUGUGCAUCAACACCGAGUGGGGGGCCUUUGGAGAUGACGGGUCCCUCGAGGACAUCCGAACAGAGUUCGACCGUGAGAUCGACAGGGGGUCCCUCAACCCUGGAAAGCAGCUGUUUGAAAAGAUGGCUAGUGGGAUGUAUAUGGGAGAACUGGUUCGACUCAUCCUCGUCAAGAUGGCCAAAGAGGGCUUGCUAUUUGAAGGACGGAUAACUCCUGAACUCCUGACGAGAGGGAAGAUCGAGACCAAACAUGUUUCAGCCAUUGAAAAGACUAAGGAAGGACUGAAGAAAUGCAUGGAAAUCCUGACGCGGCUGGGAGUUGAGCCCUCAGAUGAGGACUGUCUGGCUGUGCAGCAUGUGUGCACCAUUGUAUCUUUCCGUUCAGCAAAUCUUAUUUCAGCGACACUGGGUGCCAUCCUUUGUCGUCUAAAGGAAAACAAAGGGGUUGCACGCCUCCGCACGACUGUGGGCAUCGAUGGGUCUCUCUACAAAAUGCAUCCUCAAUACGCUCGCCGUCUGCACAAGACAGUGCGUCGUUUGGUCCCAGACUCAGAUGUCCGGUUCCUGCUGUCUGAGAGUGGGAGUGCUAAAGGCGCAGCCAUGGUGACGGCGGUGGCGUACCGUUUGACAGAGCAGGCGCGCCAGAUUCAGCAGACUUUGGCAGAGUUUCGGCUGAGCAAGGCCCAGCUACUCGAAGUGAAGAAACGGAUGAGAAUCGAAAUUGAACGAGGCCUUAAGAAGGACACUCACCAGGAAGCGACAGUGAAAAUGUUGCCCACUUUUGUCCGAAGUACACCAGAUGGGACAGAAAAUGGAGAUUUCCUUGCUCUGGACCUCGGUGGAACAAACUUCCGAGUGCUUUUGGUAAAGAUUCGCAGCGGGAAAAGGCGGACAGUGGAGAUGCAUAACAAAAUCUACGCCAUUCCCAUAGAAGUCAUGCAGGGCACAGGAGAAGAGCUCUUCGACCACAUUGUGCACUGCAUCUCUGACUUCCUGGACUACAUGGGGAUGAAAAGUGCUCGACUGCCACUGGGUUUUACCUUCUCCUUUCCCUGCCAUCAGACCAGCCUGGAUGCAGGUAUCCUUGUAACCUGGAAAGGCUUCAAAGCCACAGACUGUGAGGGUGAAGAUGUGGUAGAACUUCUUCGGGAAGCGAUCAAGAGGAAAGAGGAGUUUGAACUGGAUGUGGUUGCCAUAGUGAACGACACAGUAGGUACGAUGAUGACCUGUGCAUACGAAGAACCCACCUGUGAGAUUGGACUCAUUGCAGGGACGGGCAGUAACGCCUGUUACAUGGAGGAGAUGAAGAACAUCGAGAUAGUUGAGGGGAAGGAAGGCCGGAUGUGUGUCAACAUGGAGUGGGGGGCGUUUGGAGACAACGGGUGUCUGGAUGACAUCAGAACAAAGUACGACCAGGCAGUGGAUGAGAACUCACUCAAUGAAGGCAAACAGAGAUAUGAGAAGAUGUGCAGUGGUAUGUACCUGGGGGAGAUCGUCAGGCAGAUACUGAUCGACUUGACCAAGCGUGGCUUCCUUUUCCGGGGGCAAAUCUCAGAGACGCUGAAGACCAGGGGCAUCUUCGAGACAAAGUUCCUGUCGCAGAUAGAGAGCGAUCGUCUGGCGCUGCUGCAGGUCAGGGCCAUCCUGCAGCAGCUGGGGCUCGACAGCACCUGUGAUGACAGUAUUAUCGUCAAGGAGGUGUGCGGCACGGUGUCCCGCCGCGCGGCUCAGAUCUGCGGAGCCGGGAUGGCUGCUGUGGUGGACAAGAUCCGUGAGAACAGAAAGCUGGACCACCUGGACAUCACAGUGGGCGUGGACGGCACACUCUACAAGCUGCACCCACACUUCUCGAGGAUCUUCCAUCAGACAGUGAAGGAACUCGCCCCAAAAUGUGACGUUAACUUCCUCCUUUCUGAGGACGGUAGCGGUAAGGGGGCUGCGCUCAUUACCGCCGUGGGCUGCCGCCAGAGGGAACUGGAUGCACAGCAGCACUGAGGAGCCCCGCCCCCUUUGUUGUCCAGAAUCACCUGCUGCUCCACUGUUACCUUCACCCCCUCCCGUACACCCCGAUUCCAUCGCCUCCCUUGGCAGCCGUGACUCCACCUUGGCCCCACCUGUCCGCCCCUACAGCCAGAGAGACAUGCUGCAUGCAGAGAAUUUAAAUGAAAAACUUUAUUUAUACUGCACCAGAGGGUUUAUUAUUUCCAUGUUUGUACAUUUUCCUCAAUAGCUUGUCAAUAAUCUGAUAAAUCUUAACUCCUUAGGUGUGCAAUAUUUGUGUAUUGCUGAUUUUAUUUUUAUAUGGAGGCAAAUAUAUAACUGUAUUUAUAUAGCAGAGGCCACUUUGAAUCCCAAAGGUCAUUAGGAUUUUGCACCAUAAACACAAGAAAAUGUCUGCACUUUUUAUAUGAGAGUUACAACUGCAGCAUUUCAAUGUAACUUCUAAAUGAAGGAUGUCCUUCUCGCUGAAUGAUAAAACUUGUUUUUACAGGCUCCACUGGUUCAGAAAACCAGUUCUAAAAGGGCUCGCUGCAGAGGGUUGAAUGCAAGAGUCACGGCUGUUAAAAUCAUCCUCAUUUUAUGUGCAACACACAAUGUGCUAGGCUACUAACUCCUUUUUGUGUAACUGUCAAUGUAACUCACAUGAUAAAAUAUUCCAGCUGCACCGUACCAUUUAUUCUUCCAGAGUUGAGAAGGUAGAAAAGGCCUCGGCCAACGGAAGUGUUAUCCUGUUGCUAUUUGUGAAAUUCUAUACUUUUGGUGUUGUGAUGAAUUCCACUUCUACUCACUGUAUGUGCAAAGAAUAAAUGUUUAUUGGGCCCCAUGAGGAGUGGA